CUCAUUGUAACAAACUACCAAUUUUACAUCAAAGAUUCGCCCAAAAUAUAGCAAUCAAAAUGUUUAGAAAUAAAAGAAAUAUUGCAGAUUUAAUUUUUGCUUUAUUUUUUCUGAUUUUGUCAGAAAUGGGUGAAACUUUGGGUGAAAGCAAAACCUUGUCUUGCGGCACAACAACGUCGAAUAUGACGCUUGGCAGAUUAAAACGGGAGACAACAGAUUUGCCGCUCCCAUUUCCUUCCGAGGUCCUUGAUAACUUAUUUAGUCGCAGAUUGUUCAACACGACGAUGAACUACAUAGUUCCAUGCGUCGAGGUAACACUUCCGCUUCGUACAGAGGAUGGGAACACAGUUCACUUAGCAAUGCAAGCAUUUCUGGGUUUGUUUAGUGCAAUAGCUUGGAUUGCUACUGUUGCCAUUCCCUUGGUCCUCACAGAAAUUGCUCCAUUUGGAUUAAAGAAACGGAGCUUUAGUUCGGAACAAGGAUCAACUUUCGAGUACAAGCUUAUAAAUAAAUUUUCGCCCUUAUUCAAUGAAAAAGCAGCCAAAAAGAUUGGAAUCGAAUGGGACGCAUGUCUCCACAAAACUAUUUGUCAAGCUCAUCGGACUCCAAAACAAUAUGGGAUUUUUGCCGUUCCUUUCGUAGCAUUAUUUGCGGCUGAAAACAGUACGAUGAACCUAGAACAGAAAGCUGCAUUCAUUGGAAGGACCAGCCAAACAGACUGUGGAAUAUACAAUUGUUUUUUUGAUGUCCUAGAUUUGGCUAGAUAUUUGUACUUGGCUUUUUGGAAGAGAUAAUAGCCUACUUUAAUAAAUGCACAUGUGCAAAUAAAUGUGAAAUAAUGAAUCAA